AUGGAGGAUAAGACGCGGGAGGAAAGGUUGAGAUGGUUCGGGAAUAUUAAGAGGAGAAAUAUAGAAGCCCCAAUUAGAAGGUGUGAGUGGUUAGCCGCGGUGGGAAGCAGGAGGGGUAGAGGUAGGCCUAUGAAGUCUUGGGGAGAGGUUAUUAGGUGGGACAUGGCACAACUGGAGCUGACUGAGGAAAUGGCCCUAGACGAGAGGGAUCUGAGGCAGGUACAUCUGGUGACCAGUCAGGCGCGCAUCCCCGUUACCCCGAGAUCUAGUGUAUUUCUAUCUCAUAGAGAUGAUGUUUUUAAAAGAUUUGAGAUCUCUGCCAAAUCACUUUUGGGCAGAAGCAGUCAGCACAGCAUGCCAUAUUCUCAACAGAUGUCUCAUACGGCCUAUCCUAAAGAAGACUCCAUACAGACUGUGGAAAGGUCAUUUAGAGUUUAUAACAAAAGUACGUUAUGUGUAGAGGAACCGGUUCGUGCUACCUUUGAUGAUAAUAACUCUAUGGAUGAUAAAGGAAUUAUUGCAGGUGAUGAAGAUAUAAAUCAGGAUGCAUCGAAGACAAAUGAAUCUCAGCAACAAAAGAAAUCCACUAACAACAACAAUGAACUUACUAAGUAG